AUGAGGCGAAAAGCGCCCAGAUUCCUGCGGCCACCCUGCCCGAUGCGACGGACUGUGCGGACGCACGACGGCGGGGACGGGUCGAACGCUUCCAAGCCCAUCAAGGACACCGUCGACACGUCCACGACCCUGCUCUCGAAGCUCCAGAGCCAGGUCGUCGCGCUCGAGGAAUCCCUCGAGGCCGCCAAGAAGCGCAAUUCCGAGUGCAUCAACGUGCGCGAGGCGCUCGAAGCGGAGGCCACACAAGUCGCGCAGCUCGCCGUGGACGCCAAGGUGGCGCGCGACCAGCUGGAGGCCGAGUGCGAGCAGCUGCAGGCCACGAUAGACACGCUGGAAGAGGAGAUCACGACGUGCGACGGCGAGAUGGAGAAGCUGAACAAGCGCAUUGAGAAGCGCAAGGCGAAGAAGGCGAAGCAGGUCCGCAAGGAGACGCAGAUGUUCUCGGCGCUGUUGGCGGACAAGGAGUCGAAGGAGGGCGAGGCGCAGGACGAGUCCCAGGACAACGACGCGAGCGCGGAGUCGCUCGCUUCGGCGGAGGUGCCCCCCGCGGAGCCCGCGGAGGCGCCGGCCCCCGCCCCCGCGCCGGCGUCGCAGGACGCGAGCCCGCUGGACACGAUCGACGACGCCGCGGAGACGGACAUCGACGCGGAGCUGGUGGAGCUGCGCGCGGAGCUGGCGGGCGUGAAGGAGCGGUGGUCGGCGGCGCUGGACGCGAAGGCGCUGGCGGAGGUGUCGCUCAACACGAUGCAGGAGAAGCUGAAGAGCGCGAGCACGUCGGCGGAGCGCGCGGACGAGGUGGCGUCGGGCGCGAUGCGGGCGGCGGAGGCGGCGGUGGAGGACGAGCUGAAGUCGGAGCGCGAGGUGGCGAAGCUGGAGGACGAGCUGGAGGGGUUUUUGCUCAAGCUGGGGGAGCAGGUCAAGGCGAUGACGCCCGACGACGAGGAGGACGCGCGCGUGGAGGUGGGCGGCGAGCUGGCGGAGGACGUGGCGCGCGCGCUGCGGGAGGGCGAGCAGCUGCUCCCGCGGAUCGAGGAGGGCACGCUGUCGAAGACGGCCAAGGCGCUGACGCCGGCCGAGGAGCCCGAGGAGAAGGUCUCGGCGCCGCGGCCGACGCGGAGCUCGAAGCAGCUGGCCGCGGGGUUCUUCUCGCCCUCGGGCGGCGGGGACCCGCGCGAGGCGCUCAAGGAGCUCGGCGCGCACGUGAUGCGCCACCGCUGGGCCUACGCCGCGGGGUCGGUGCUGGCCGUCGUGGCCGCGCUGGGCAUCCUCGACCACUUCCACGUGCUCUCCGCGGUGCGCAACGCCGUCAUCUCGCCGUUCCGCGCCGUCGGGGCCGCGCUCUCGGCCGCCUCGGCCGCGCUCGCCCCGUGGCUGGCCAAGCUGCCGGUGCCGCACAUGGAGCCCGGGAUGGCCGACGUGCUGGUGCUGCUGGCCACCUCGAUCGUCAGCGUCCCGCUCAUCUCGCGCAUCCCGGGCGGCGGGCCCGUGCUCGGCUUCCUCGUCGGCGGCGCGCUCAUCGGCCCCUACUCGCUGGGCCUGAUCGAGGCCGUGGAGGCGGUCAAGCACAUCUCCGAGCUGGGGGUGAUCUUCCUGCUCUUCAACAUCGGCCUCGAGCUCAGCCUGGAGCGCCUCUCGUCCAUGGGCAAGUACGUCUUCGGGCUGGGCUCCGCGCAGGUCACGGCGUCGCUCGCGGCCAUCGCGGCGGUGCUGGUGAGCCUCGGGACGAUGACGGGCCCCGUCGCGGUCGUGGUCGGGUCGUCGCUCGCGCUGUCGUCCACGGCGGUCGCGCUGCAGGUCCUGCAGGACCGCGGGGAGUCGUCCUCGCGGCACGGGCGCGCGACGUUCUCGGUGCUGCUCCUGCAGGACCUGGCGGUGGUGGCCAUCCUGAUGCUCAUCCCGCUGCUCGCGCCGGGCGAGAACGGCGGGACGGUCGGGUUCGCGACGAUCAUGAAGGCGCUGGGCUUCGCGGCGGUGAAGGCCGCGGUGUGCAUCGCGGCGAUCAUCGCGGGCGGGCGCGUGAUCAUCCGCCCGCUGUACAAGCGCAUCGCGGCGACGGGCAACGCGGAGAUCUUCUCCGCCACCACGCUCCUCACGUGCCUGGGCACCUCGGUCAUGACGCAGGCCGCGGGCCUCUCCAUGGCGCUCGGCGCCUUCCUCGCGGGCCUGCUCCUCGCCGAGACGGAGUACUCCCUGCAGGUCGAGUCCGACAUCGCGCCGUACCGCGGGCUCCUCCUCGGGCUCUUCUUCAUGACCGUCGGCAUGGAGAUCUCGCCCACGCUGCUCAUCGCGCAGUGGCAGACCAUCCUGCUCGCCAUCACCGCGCUCAUCGUGGGCAAGGUGGCCAUCAUGGCCGCCGUCGGGCCCAUCUUCGGGCUCAAGCCGCUCACGUCGGCGCGCGCGGGGCUCUUCCUCGCGCCGGGCGGGGAGUUCGCCUUCGUCGCGCUCGGCGACGCCGUGUCGCGCGGCCUGCUCGCGCCCGCGGUGUGCAACCAGCUCUUCCUGGUGGUGGCGCUGUCCAUGGCGCUCACGCCCUACCUCGCCGCGCUCGGCGACACCGUGGGCGAGAUGCUCGACAAGGACGACCAGGCGACGAUGGAGCCCAAGCAGGCGGACGUGGACGACCUCCGCGGGCACGUGCUCAUCUGCGGGUUUGGGCGCUCGGGGCAGAUCAUCGCGCAGCUCUUCUCGGAGCGCCUCAUCCCGUUCGUGGCCGUGGACGUGCGCUCGGACCGCGUGCAGACGGGCCGCGCGCUGGACCUGCCGGUGUACUUCGGGGACUCGGGGAGCGAGAAGGUGCUGCACGCUGUCGGCGCGCACAAGGCGGCGUGCGCGGUGAUCGCGCUCGACUCGCCCGGGGCCAACUACCGCACGGUGUGGGCCCUGAACAAGCACUUCCCGAACUGCAAGACCUUCGUGCGCGCGCACGACGUCGACCACGGCAUCAUCCUCGAGAAGGCCGGCGCCACCGCCGUGGUGCCCGAGACGCUCGAGCCGUCGCUGCAGCUCGCCGCGGCCGCGCUCACGCAGAUCCAGAUGCCGCUGGACGAGGUCGCGAGCACCAUCGACGCGUUCCGCCGCAACCACAUGCGCGACCUGAUGGCGCUGGCCAACAUGAGCAACGAGGAGGCCGGCGGGUGGGGCGAGAGCCGCCCCAAGUCCAAGCCCCCGAAGGAGUUCGACGAGGCCACGCCCGCCGCGGUGCCGUCGUCCGGGUGA